AUGGCAUGGGGUUUGAAUUCUUUUGUCAUUCAAAUCGAUGCUAUACGCAAUGAAUUUAAUCCCAAUAAGACAAAGGGUUCUAUUUAUUUACUGGAUUGUGGAGCCCAUAAAAAAAUGUAUGCGUCUGUUUCCUUUAUGGAGAAUAUAGAUACGUUGCAAAUAACCAAUUGGGUUCAAUUAAAAAGGAACACUGGAAAGACCGCUACUGUAUACAAUAUCACAAUAGAUCUUUGUGAUUUCUUGGAGAAUAACUACAAUGUGAAGAAUUUGAUAUUUAACGUUGUUAUGAAACUUUUUAAAAAAUUCCUUAAGGGUCUUCCCUCCAAAUGUCCCCUGAAAAAGAACAAAACUUUGUUGCUAAGGGGGUUCUAUUUUGAUGAAGAUAUGUUUCCCCCCUACAUACCAGAUACAAAUUUUACAGGUUUUAUAGGACUAAGUCAGAGGAAUUCAUCGUUGCUUAAGAGUUUUAUAACAGCUCGUGUGGAAUCAAAAGCUAAACAGGGAUUUCGCAAGGAUAAUAAGAAGAUAGAUAAACAAUGUUUACAAUGA